GUUUCAGAUCAAGUUGAACCGGUUCGACCUUUUACCACGUAUCCGGUCGAAAACAUUGCUUGGUAGUUUGAUUUGCAGGGUUUCCACAUGCAAUGACUUCCGCACAAGGGUUCUUGAAGCCAUUACAUAAUUUUUGGUACCUGUUUGACCGCCGUUACUUUUGGCAACCUCAGACGCACUCAAAUCAAGCCACCUGCUGACCCAUUGUGAACCAUUGUCAAAGGACGCCAGAUAUUUGUUCGGUUUACGUUGAUGGAGAGCUCGUGCUGUUCUCUUCCUUCACCGCAUCCCAUCGGUUACGAUUCACUACUGUCUCAACUACUCCAUUCACAACUCCACUCUCAACGACGUGUGUUUGCUUGUUCGCGAUUGCAGGAGUGGUUAAUACAAGAGUAUGGUUAGAAACCCGAACAAUGAGGCAUCUAGCAGCAAGAGUUCCAAGACAUCUGACGACACGGGUUCAUCAACAUGGCCAAAUCUGAACCCAGAAUUGCUCUCUUUAAUCAUGAUGCGACUUCGAGUGGUUGAUUACCUUGCAUUCAGCGGCGUAUGCAAAUCUUGGAGGUCACUCGCACACUCCGAGAAGAACAAGUUCAUGAGUUCCAAACAACCCAUGUCGGUAUCGUUCUCAUUCUCUACAAAAGCUAAGAAAGAGUGUCACUUAACGGACUUAAACGGAAAUACGUUCACGACCGUUCUUCCAAGUUCCACCGCGAAAACAUCCGUAGGAUCAACUUGCGGCUACCUGAUCUUCUUCGGUAGGAAAACCCGUGAGUUCGUUCUCGUGAAUCCUAUCACGAGGCACGAACUUCAUUUCCCGGGGUUUCCGUUUCACGUAAGUAAUGAUCCAACGAGCGUCAGGGGUACACUCGUCUUUUCACCCUCGAUCUCUGGAUGGGUGCUUGUGAUCUCACACAGAUUCUCGAGUGUCAUAUCGUUCUCUUUAGCGGGUACACAACCCUCGUGGGAUUAUCUUUCGUUCAAUUUUCCCGUACUGGAUAUACAUUAUUUUAAGGGAAAGAUAUAUUCCCUAAACAGCGAGAAUCGUUUAUGUGAAGUGAAACUUAACUCGAAACCACAGCCUGUUUUGACACCACUCACGAUGAAAAACGUCCCUGAGCAUGAACUCAUACAUCCGGAGUUUGUAAGCUCAGGUGAAAACCUGUAUGUGGUGAGUCGCAUUUCAAAAGAUGCGUACGAGACUUUUAAAAUAGAUUUUAACAAAAUGGAAUGGGUGUCGACUGGAAAGACGAUCGGGGAGUACGCAGUCUUUGUUAGCGACUUGAAGAGUAGCUCGGCUAUGAAUCCUGACACCUGGAUGCUGUAUGAUACCGAUAAAAGUAAAAACAAAGGCAUGUGGUUUACAGCAAACUUGUGGUACUUCCGUCAUGUUUGCGAGCAGGCUAAUCUCCUACAGUAAUCUAUUGGAAUUUGCUUAUAUGUUUUUAGUUAUGGAUUAAGGAUUUUAUAUGCUUUUCUUUUUAUUUUUAAGAAUUUUAUGUCUUUGUUUUUAUUUUAUUUAUGGUUGAACAGUUUAAGGUGUUUUUUCAUGUCAUUUAA